CCGCUACGCGCCGGAAAUCACGGACAACAUGGCGGCGCCGCCUCCUCCCGCCGGGCCGGGCCCGGGGCCUCCCUCAGCWCCSGCGGGRCCGGGAGSGGCAGCGGGGCCCGGARCGGGRCCGGGAGCGACCCCCGGARCGGCGCAGGGCCCCGCGCUGCCCGUGCAAGCGGCGGCGGCGCAGGCGCAGGAUUUCGAUCCCGUGCAGCGCUUCCGGCUGCUGCUGCCGCAGCUGAAGGAGAGCCUGCAGACCCUGAUGAAAGUGGCGGCUCAGAACCUGGUGCAGAACUCCAGCAUCGACAACGGCCAGAAGAGCACGGAUGGGGCCCUGCAGCGCUUUGACAAGAGCCUGGAGGAGUUUUAUGCCCUGUGUGACCAACUGGAGCUGUGUCUGCGCUUGGCCCACGAGUGCCUCUGGCAGAGUUUCGACAGCGCCAAACACGCCCCGGCUUUGGUCCCCGCAGCACCCAAGGGUGAGGGGGGUCCCGGGGCUGAGACCCUGCCCUACACCCAGUACCUGCCCCUGAUCAAAGCCCAAAUCGCGGGGGCCAAGGACAUCCACAACGCCCUGCUGGAGGGCACCAAUAAAAUCACCGGGAAGCUGCCCCCGCCGGGGGGGCCCUAAGGGGUUUUU